AUGAUUUCGAAGUCAGUCAGGAGUUUUUGCUAAGACUUUUGGGAGUCUUUCAUAUCGGCUCUCUUCUACAGCAGGUUUUUUUUUCAAAUUGAGAUUAUUAUGGGUCAUCACCAUGAUGCACACGAAACCUUUUUUUUCAAAUAAUUAAAUUUAGCGUUACCGUUAAAUGAAGGAACUCCAGCUUCUUUUCCGACAGAAGAAAGGAACCUUUCACCGAAGGUUUCUGGCCUCGUCGAUGAAAUCGCCAGGCUUACGUUGCUCGAAGUAAGUUCAAUUUCUAUGUUUAACCGUUUUGAAAGAGUUCUAGUAGGAAUUCCUAACUUGCUCUCAAAUCGCAUUCAAAUUAGAAAAACUGAAAAAAAAAACAAGUCGUAGCUCUAUUCUUCAAAUUCGCAUCCUUCUAGGUUUCUGAUUUGAACUGGGCACUGAAGAAAAGAUUGAACAUCCCGGAUCAGCCUUUGAUGGCUCACACUGCUUUUGCCGCCGCAGCACCUGUUGCGUCGAGUUCAGGUGAAAGAAUUUUCACAUUUUACUUUUUUAAAACUUUUGCAUAAAUGUUGACCAAAAAGCUCUCAAAAAGUUUGAUUUUUUCUUCCUGACUGUUUCCAGAAGAACUACACGCGUAUACAUAAAUAAAUAUAUUAUUACCUAGCGGUUUCAAUUUUAUCGAAUACAUUGUUUUGCUUGUUUUUUUAUAGAUCUGAGCGCACUUAGGAGACAUGCCUGUUAAUAACGAAAAAAAGUUUUCAGAGGAAUGAGAACAAUUAAUUGUUUUAAACAUUUUUUACAAUCAGGUUGAUACAAAUAGGUUCAGUUUUAGUUUAAAGGCAUUUAGUGAAAUUUCAAAAAAAUGGGAUUUCGGGUUGUAUUUGGAUUGCGCUUAUAAUAACCAAAAAAGUAAGUCAUUGCGUUAGUUUUUCGUAGAAUGUAGACAAAAAAAUUUAAUGUUUAAGAAAAGUUAAAUACUGAUUUUAUAUUGCUCAAAAACUGCACGGUCUGUAUACGUCGAUGCGAAGCAAAUGCCAUGUUAAAAGUAAUUCCCGCGAAAUCCAAAAUAAUCUCUAACUCUCUAAAAUUUAUUCAUCUUUUUCUUUCUCUCAUGGCUAUUUCGGAUGUUACGAAUUCACUCUGAUUGUCUUCCUAACAAUAUUUCUUUUUGAAAACGGGGAAGGGGACUACAAGUUUGUCCAAAAGUUAUUCAAGUAGUAUAAUACCCGUAUAAAUGGAAAUAUAAACAUUUAAAAUGCAGCGUGUUAUAAUUUCAGAAUAAUUUCAGCUGAACCCACUGAAGCCGCAUCAGAUGUUCCACAAAAAAUGACAUUCAGUGUUAAACUCGCAAAGUUCGAUGAUUCCAAGAAAAUCGCGCUUAUAAAGGAGAUUAGAAAUGCUGUACCCGGCUUGAAUCUUGUGCAGGCCAAAAAGGUUUUUCUUGGAAGAUUUUCUCCAAAUUUUGAAUCAUUUUCAGUUCGUCGAAACAGCACCGGUUGUGGUUAAAGAAGACAUGGGCAAAGUGGAAGCCGAGGAUUUGAAGGCACUUCUCGAAAAAGCUGGCGGCGUGAUCGAAAUUGUUUAG